AUGGCUGCUAUUGGUGGGCUCACCUCGCAAAACUCCAUCCAGAUGGCCAACAUCUUAAAUAACUUCAAGAUUCCACAGCUUAGUUAUGGCUCUUUUGACCCAGUGCUGAGAGAUAAAACUCAAUUCCCUUCUUUCUAUCGGAUGGUUCCAAAUGAAAACCCUCAGUAUGAUGGCAUUGUUCAUUUACUGAAGCAUUUUGGAUGGAACUGGAUUGGCCUCCUCAUCUCUGAUGAUGACAGUGGAGAAACUUUUCUCCAAAUCCUAAGACCAAAGCUCUACCAGAACGAUAUUUGUAUUGCUUUGAUGGAAAUUGUUCCAGCAGUGACGGCUUACAUAUUUAAUAAUGAAACCCUUUCUGUAAAUGAUUUGGGAGAGAUAGCUUCUACUCUCUUUGUGAGCAGUGUCAAAGUGUUCCUUGCCCAUGGGGAUUUCCAGUCUAUGCACCAUUUACGAAUAAUUCUGGAACAUCAUGAACAUUUUCAGAUGCAUCCAUUAGAUCACAGAGUUUGGAUCAUAACAGCUCAAUGGGAUUACACAACAGCUUUCCCUUGGAGUAAAUUCACACCAAAAUCCUUCAAUGGAACUUUGUCCUUUGCACAUCACACAGACGAGGUGCCAGGAUUUCAGGACUUUUUUGAGUCUAUAAAUCCUUUUAAGGUCUCUUUUUUUUUCCUUCGUGAGUUCUGGUUUUUUACAUUUCUCUGUUCGUUUCCUCGGUAUAAUCUGUAUGGGUCAGAUCCCAAAAACUGCACUGGGGAGGAGAAGCUGGAGAGUCUCCCUAGCACUUUGUUUGAAAUGAAGAUGUCUGGGCAGAGCUACAAUAUCUACAAUGCUGUCUAUGCAGUAGCACAUGCUCUCCAUGACUUGUUUUCACUGAGAACCUAUCAGAAAGCAAUUGGGAAUCAAGACAGACAGAAUCAUCUGAGCAUUCAGCCAUGGAAGCUUCACAUUUUCCUGAGAAAUAUCCGCUUUAACAAUAGCGCGGGGGAUGAAAUAUAUUUUGAUGGGAAUGGAGACCUGGCAUCUGGAUAUGAUAUCCUCAACUUGGUUGCAUUUCCUAAUAGGUCUUUCAAGAGAGUCCAAGUUGGAACAAUGGACCCCCAGGCUCCUGCAGGCAAACAGUUUGUCAUUAAUGGAAGUGCCAUUUUGUGGAAUCAUAGAUUUAAUCAAACACCUCCCCGUGCCACAUGUGUUGAGGGUUGCCACCCUGGAUACAGCAAGAUUGUUCAGCAAGGAAAACAGGAUUGCUGCUACAAUUGCACUCAAUGCCCUGAAGGCACUGUUUCAAUCCAGACUGGUGCAGAUCAAUGUGAAAAAUGUGCAGUUGAUGAGUACCCAAAUGAGAAGCAAGAUCAAUGCAUCCCCAAAACUAUUACCUACAUAGCCUAUGGAGAACCCUUAGGAAUCAUUCUGACUUCCUUUACACUUUUCUUCUUUGCAAUCACAAUGUUGAUGAUGGGGACUUUCAUUCUGCACCAGGACACUCCCAUUGUCAAAGCCAAUAACUGGAACAUCACCUGUACACUUCUCUCCUCUCUGCUGUUUGGUUUCCUCUGCCCAUUUCUGUUCAUUGGUUGGCCUGGGAAAGUAUCUUGCCUUCUCCGACAAACACUUUUUGGCAUCAUCUUCUCUGUCUCUGUUUCUUCUGUUUUGGGAAAAACUAUCACUGUAAUUCUGGCCUUCACGGCCACAAGGCCUGGAAACAGGAUGAGGAAAUGGGUCGGGAAAGCCUUGGCAGUCUCAGUCAUCAUUCUCUGUUCUCUCAUUCAAACUGGUAUCUGUGCUGUAUGGCUAGCAACCUCUCCUCCUUUCCCGGAGUUUGACAUGCACUCCCAGAUUGACCAUAUCAUUCUGCAAUGCAAUGAAGGAUCAGUUCUCAUGUUUUAUAUGGUCUUGGGCUACAUGGGACUUCUGGCCAUCAUCAGUUUCACUGUUGCUUUCUUUGCCAGGAAGCUGCCUGAUACUUUCAAUGAAGCCAAGUUAAUCACCUUCAGCAUGUUGGUGUUCUGCAGUGUUUGGGUGUCCUUUGUCCCCACCUACUUGAGCACCAAAGGGAAAUAUAUGGUGACCGUGGAGAUCUUCUCCAUCUUGGCCUCCAGUUUUGGCUUAUUUGGUUGUAUCUUCCUCCCAAAAUGCUACAUUAUUAUACUAAGGCCAGAUCUAAACACCAGAGAGCAUCUAGUUAGUAAAAGGAAUGUCCUACGUGACUGA